AUAGACAUUUCAGACCUACCAGAGAGAGAAGUUUUAUAGUGAAACCCGGGUGAUAUAUUUGUGUACUUCUUCAAGUCCUCUGCAUUUAGUUGCCAAAUAUAAUUAUGAGAUACAUUCGCACGGGAAGCUUCAAGAGGCUUUUCUCUAUCAAGCAUCAAAGCUUCGAUGAGAAUGAAGAAGAAGGAAUGCCAAAAGUAAGUAUAUGCAAUGAUCAGGAAGAAAACAAUGGAAGUUUCUGCAGUACUGGUAGUCCGAAAUCUAGAAGAUAUAGCCGAACAGCAAGCUUCAAGAAACUCUUCUCUAUCAAGCCUAAAAGCUUCGAUUUUUCCAAUGAUCAUGAGGAAUACAAUGAUGGAAACUUCCAAAGAAGAACUUGGAAAAACUUUUCUUUUGAAGAAGUCUUUCGUGCAACCAAUGGCUUCACCUUAGAGAAUCUAGUUGGAAAAGGAGGGUAUGCAGAGGUUUACAGAGGAGUAUUAGAUGAUGGGCAAGAAAUAGCUGUAAAGAGGCUAUCAAAAAUAUCAAAUGAUGAGAGAAAAGAGAAGGAGUUCUUGACAGAGAUUGGAACACUUGGCCAUGUUAAUCAUCCAAAUGUAUUAUCACUUUUAGGUUGUUGUAUCGAUAAUGGACUAUAUCUGGUUUUCCAGUUUUCGUCGAGAGGUUCUGUUGCCUCCCUUCUUCAUGAUGAGAAUUUACCGAUAAUGGACUGGAGAUCAAGGUAUAAGAUCGGAGUCGAAACUGCCCUAGGCCUUCAUUACUUGCACAAAGUAUGUCCCAGAAGAAUAAUUCAUAGAGACAUCAAGACUUCCAAUGUUUUGGUUACUGCAGACUUCAAACCACAGAUAUCUGAUUUUGGAUUGGCAAAAUGGCUUCCAUCACAAUGGACUCACCAUUCUAUAGUUCCUAUUGAAGGGACCUUCGGGCAUUUAGCACCAGAGUACUUCAUGCACGGGGUUGUAGAUGAGAAGACUGAUGUAUUUGCUUUCGGUGUCUUUCUACUUGAGAUUAUCUCAGGCAAGAAACCGGUGGAUGGCUCUCAUCAAAGUUUACAUGGCUGGGCGAAACCUAUCCUGAGCCAAGGGGAUAACCAAAUGUUGGUGGAUCCAAGACUCGAAGGGGAGUAUAAUAUCAACCAGCUCAACAGGCUAGCCUUCGCGGCAUCUCUAUGCAUACGCAAAUCUUCCACUUGGCGCCCUACCAUGAGUGAGGUUCUGGAGGUAUUGCUGAUGGAGGGAGAAAUUGACAGAGAAAGAUGGGAAAAUCCAGAAGAAGAUGAAGACGAGGAUGAGGUUUGGAGUUUUGAGGAUCUUGAAUGCGAAUUUGAUGGCGAUUUCUAAACUACAUGAUGACUUAAUUCAGCCAGGAACUCGGAUAUAUACUCAGAAUUUCAAAUUGUUACUUCCUUUUUGAGAGGUUCACAUAAUUUUGAAGUAUAAGAGGGAAUAUGAGAUUCGAACCCAAGACAAAGGAGGAGGGGACGAGUUUUUGCCACUAGACUAUCCCGGACUCCGCAAAUUGUUACCUUUGUCUGGAUGUACAUAUAAAUUAAAAUAAUCAUGUGUAUAUAUAAUAAUAUUGUUCGAAGAGUCAUAUUUGCCAACUCAUUGACACAUGUUUGUCAGAGUCUCCAACUCACUCAAAGAAAUCCUACAGGAUAAGUAGUCUGGCUUUGUUGGCCUGUUGGAAAUUGAUUGCUUUAUAAUGUAUGUAUCAGAUUUAUAAUCUCAAAAAGAUGGGUAAAAAUUACAAGUA